CGAAGGAGUGAGGAGGAAUUCGUAACCCGACGCGAUAGUCGGUGAACCACUGAAGGCUAUGAUCGCGAGAAGAUGGGAGAUUGUAAUCAACGAGGAUCGAGUCGCGAUCAUUGGGACAUCAACGACCGCGGGCGUCACGACAGACGCGAUGAAGCAAGGACAAGAUACCGAGGAAGAAGCCAGGAUGACUAUCGGUAUGAUCGAGGUGAACGAUCACACAGCAGUAGCGACUACAGACGUCAGGGUCCACCAGCUUGUUACAGUUGUGGGGAGGUGGGACAUUACAAGAAUCAAUGCUGGAAGCGCAGCGACGAAGGAGCUUCAAAGGGAGGCGCUAGCACAUCAAGCGGAUCGAAACCGAUUUCGCAAGUUGACGAGGAAGUAAAGAAGACCGUCGAAGGACUAGCCAGUUCCAUUGCAUGCUUCAAGGAAUACAUCGAGAAGGAGAACAUGAAGAAAGAAGAAAAGGAGAGAAAGAAAUUGGAGAGAGAGGAACGGGCUCGUAAAGAAGAAGAAGAACGCAGGGCAAAGGAAGUCGAGCGAGCAGCUAAAGAAGAGCGAGCGGCUAGAAAGACAGCGAAAAAGAAGAAGGAGGAAGAGAAGUUAGAGUUCACCAAAGUUGUGCGAAUGCAUGUGGCCAUGUGCAUAGGAGGGUUCCAAGAGAACAUGCAGGACCAGAUGAGGAGGAAUAUGGAGGACUUUCAAAACAUAUUGAAAGGCAAGCAACAGGCCACUUCUCCAUCAGGAUCCGCUGGCUCAUAUACCAGCGAUUGGGGGGGGAGAGAAGUGGAGGAAUUGAGUAACAAAGCUGAGAGACUCUCUAAGUACGAUAGAAAGAUCGAGAUAUUGUAUCAAGCUGUUAUGGUGCUAUUGGGGAUCACGGGAAAAAUUAGAUGGCUUGCGAAAUUCAUGUCGUCAUGGAUACAAUUGUUUAAGAAGCACGGUAUUGGAUUUUUAGAUAAGCACAAAGGAGUAUACGUGCUUUCAUCUGCACGAUGCCGAGCUCUGUACGUGGGACAGACGAACAGGGAUGUGGAGGUACGAUGGCGUGAACACAUGACCGCCUACACAAGAUUGGAGAAGAACACCCACUUAUAUCGGUGGCUAAGGACGUUUGGAACCCGGACGUACACGAUACUGCCGAUAGAUGAGUGUGAAGCGCGCGAAUUAGUACAGUUGGAACAAUUAUACAUUAGGAGAUGGUCACCUGUACUUAAUGUUAGCGGUGCGGUAAAGAAGCCGAGGAGGAAGAAGAGAGCACGUAAAGGCCGAAAAAAGAGGAAUCGACAGAAGGCAGAGGUGGAGGUAAAGGAAGGACGACCCGUGCAUGUGGUACGGGUACGAGUAGACGAAGACAGUGAAUGGCAACUAAGCAUCUUCGGCGUGCUGGAUGACUGCGACAAGCAAGGAAAGCGCACCUUCAAGCUGCACUCAACAGGGGGUAACAACUGGUCGGACGGAUGGAAAAGCAUCAAGAAUGCCUUCGGACGUUCCACCGUCGUGGUGAAUGGUCUUCCUUAUCCAAGGGAUGGGGAACACGUAUGUUUUCGCUUACAGGAAUUGGAAGGCGUGCAUCCGAUGCUAUGUAACGCGGGUAAUGUGCCCAAGUCGCAACAUCCGGAUAUACCGAGUAUGCUCAUGAAAGAGAUCGAAGCGGCGUUUGGGUCAUGGAGAAAUCGAGGAGAUAAGGUAGUCCAAGUGAAGCUUAAGGAGGUCACACAUUGUAUGAUGACAGACGAAGUACAAGGAGGCGAUUACCUUGACAUCUCAGUGGUAUGGGAGAUUAAAGAGAGGUUGAAGCUACUGGUACUGACACCGCUGGACAAGAAUCAAGGACAGGCGAUGGUUAUGUGCCCAUAUGUAUACUAUGAGGCGAUGAUGGCGAUGUUCGUGACAAGUCCUGGGUACAGCAUUGUGAUGAAGAACGAGACAGAAGUUCAAAAGGAGAUGCAAAGUACAUUCAAAGAAAAAGGUAUUUGGAGAUUCACAAGAAUGGAGAUGAAGGGGAAGUUUGGUGCAGCGUAUGUGCAGCCGAAACACAAAGACAUUGACAGGUAUCGGCUAAUCUGCCCAUCGUACACAGAUCCAACGGCAAGAACGGGAAAAAGUGUGGCUAAAGCUCUUAACCACAUGUUGUUCCAUCUGCUAGCGAGUUGGCAUUUACUGAGGUGGCUGACACGAUUGGGAAAAUCAAUCGAAGAUUGGAGAAGGGCUCGGGCAAGGACAAACAACUGACAUGCAUGUCUUACGAUGUUAAAGACAUGUUCAGCAGAUUGCCGCACUCCAAUAUCAUGGAUGCGGUAAACUGGAUCAUUGAUCACUACAUCAACAAAAGUCAGACUACGAU